AUGGACAAAUCGAUAGUAUUUGCUCUUCCUCCUAUUCCUGUUGGAAUAUAUGAAGAGUUAAUCUCCGGCCCAGUAAUUGAAAGUAGUGUCGCAGAAUUUGCAUUUAAAAAAAAAAUAGAACCAGUUGGUGAAGCAUUUUUUUGUAAAUAUGAGAGAAGAGAAUUAAAUAAAAUUAAUUGUUUAAAGGAGAAUAUUAGGCAUGAAGACUCAAUUCCCAUCAAUUAUAGUUAUUGUGAAGAUGAAGGCAAAAAGAAAUCAAAAAAAGUUUCUAGAAAGAAUUCAGGUAAUAAACUUAACAAAGGUGUUUUGUCAUUAGCGCGACUGAAAGAACUGGCCGAAGAAAAAGAAACUCUUUAUGAGAAAUUAGGGUUGGAUGAAAAUGUUGGUGAUAAAGAAAUUAAACAGGCAUACAGAAAGCUUGUGCUUUCACAUCAUCCUGAUAAAAAUAAAGAAAACUGUUCUGACGCAAGGUCUGAAGAAUUUCUCAAAAUUCAGGAAGCAUAUGAAAUAUUAAGCGAUAAGAAUUUGAGACACACAUAUGAUUCUGCGUUACCAUUUGACGAGUCGGUACCAAGUAUUUAUAUUAAUGAAAAUAACAAUUUUCAAGAGUUUAAAAACUUUUUUUCACCGAUUUUUCACAGAAAUUCACGAUGGUCAAAAAUAAAGCCCGUACCUGAAAUAGGAAACAAUGAUGAUAAAAUCGAAGUAAUUGAAACUUUCUACGAAUUUUGGCGCAGAUUUCAGUCAAAUAGAGAUUUUACUAUCCAUGAUGAACAUGAGUUAAAUCAUGCAGAAUGCCGAGAGGAAAAAAGAUGGAUGGAACGACAAAAUUUUAAAAUUCGCUCUAAAUAUAUUAGAAACGAAAUUUUAAGAAUCAAUAAGCUUGUUGAUCUUGCAUAUAAAAGUGACCCAAGGAUUAAACGACACUACGAAAAUCUUAACAAGAGAAAGGAAGAGGAAAAACGUAAAAAAUUGGAGGAGAAGGAAAUUGAAGAAGAGAAAAAACGUCAAAUGAAUGAAAAGUCGAAAAAGAAGGCAUUUGAGUUAAAAAUAGCAAUUAAAUCAUUAAGAGUUUCAAUAAGGAAUAAUAUGAGGAAGAUCUCCGAUCUAAGUACUUUUUUUGAUAAAUAUCAAAAGGAUGAUUUUUCAGAUUAUAUGGAAGCUAUUAAAGAAUACUUUAGUUGGGAUAGUGAUUUUCUAAAAAGUAUUCAUUCAUACCAACUAACUAAAAUAUAUUCUGUUGAGAAAAUUAAUUUUAGACAAUGGGAAGAAUGGUUUCUUAAAUUAGAUCAUUUUCAACUUGAACAAUUAGACGAUUUUUUGAAUAAAUGGAUUCAAUUGGUUGGUGAGAAUUGUAGUGAUGAUUAUUUAAAAAAGUUGUACUUUAUUUUUACUGUUAAGAUCUUGAACGUAAACAAUUUAAACUCGGAUAAACCUUCGGAACCCGAAAUUACAACUGAUAGAAAUAAUAUUGUUAAUUUUGCUGAAAAUUAUGAAGAAAUGUGUACUGAGCAUUUUUCUUCUGAAUGGACGGUUUCUGAAAUGAGUUUACUUGCAAAAGCUCUCCAAAAGUAUCCAGGUGGUUACAAAAAUAGGUGGGAUAUGAUUUCAGAAUACCUUAAAAAUACAAAAACAAAGGAACAAAUAUUAACAAAGGUUAAGGAGCUAUCUGAGUCUGAAAAACUAGCAAAACUUUCUAAUGAAGUUAAAGAAGAGUCAGCAUUUGAAACAUUUAUUCAGUCCAACAAAGGCGUUUUGAAAAAAUUUGGCAACACUCCCGACAUCAGGGAUUGCGCAGAUGCCUCAAUUAUUAACGAAAUUACGAAUGAUGUUAAUCCCAGCAAAGUAAUUGACCCUUGGACUAGAGAUCAGCAAUGCUUGUUGGAGAAAGCAUUAAAACAGUAUCCCUCUUCUUUACCUUCUAAUAAAAGAUGGGAAUUAAUUUCUUCUUGUAUUCCAGGGAAAGAUCCAUUGCAAUGUUUUACCAGAUACAAACUUAUAAGAGAACGAAUAUUGAAAAAGCAAAAGUAA